AUGGACUGUGACAUUGCUUCAUAUCAUGUGGAGUCAUUCGAUUAUUUGGCGGAACAAGGUGUACAUUUGGCUGCAUUAGAUGUACCAGCCGAGAAAUUCCGACUUCCAACUGGAGAAGCUGUAGAAUUACGUUAUACCGGUGCCCAGCUUGGUUAUCCAAUGGUUGAAGUGAGACAGGAUUCUUCUGCGGUUAAUCCGUUAAAACUAUUUCCUUCGGAGUGCAGGCAACGUGGCUUAACCUACAGAGGUCCAUUAAAAGUUGGGAUAGAAAUACGAUUGAAUGGCUCUAGGAUGGAUUGUUGUGAAAUUGUUAUUGGUGAGGUUCCUAUAAUGUUAAAAUCAAGCAGAUGUCAUUUGCGUUCGUUAACGAGAAAACAGCUAGUAGCGCAUGGCGAAGAAGGAAGUGAAAAAGGCGGUUACUUCAUUUGUAAAGGGAAUGAAAAGGUGAUACGUCUUUUGGUUGCAAAUCGUCGCAAUUAUCCUAUUGGGAUAGUGAGGCGUUCAUUUCGUGAAAAAGGAUCUUUGUUUACUCAAUAUGGGGUGAUGAUUCGGUGCGUUCGAGGCAAUUACUCAGCUGCUAUGAUGACACUUCAUUAUCUCGAGAGUGGUACCAUUGUUAUUGCUUUGCAGUACCGACGUGAAUUAUUUUAUUUGCCAUUUAUGUAUAUCAUCAAGUCAUUAACAUCAAUGAAUGACCAGUGUAUCAUGGAGCAUAUGAGCAGGUGUCGACCGGAUGAUCACUUUUGGAAAGGAUGCGUAACUGCGAUGUUAGCACUAUGCAACGAUGAUGGCAUAGUGAAUCAAAAAGCAGCACUCAGUGCUAUUGGCGGAAGAUUCCGAGUAGCUACCCAAGAUCGUGUUGGUCCAUGGGAAGCUUCUGAAGAUGUUGGUCGUUUUUUGCUUCGCGUUUGUGUUGCAAUACAUUUGGACAACGAUAUAGAUAAAUUUUUCCUUCUUACGUAUAUGGCUCAAAAACUAAUAGCGUUAACGAAAGGUGAAUGUGCUGCUGAAUCACUGGAUAAUCCACAAUUUCAAGAAGCUGCUGUAUCCGGUCAUAUACUUCUUUUGAUUAUACGAGAACGUUUGGAAAAUACUUUGAGUAUUGCACGAAGGAAAAUUGAAUUUGAGGCAAAACGCAAAGCAGAAAGUUUCAGUUUAUCGAGUCAUGAGUUGAUUCGUGCAAUGGCUACGCAGCGAUCAGGAGAAAUAAGUCGAGGUCUGGAAUAUUUCCUGGCUACUGGAAAUUUAAUCUCCAGAGGAGGCUUGACACUGCAGCAAAGUAGUGGAUUUUCAGUAGUUGCUGAAAGAAUUAAUCAACUUCGAUUUGUUUCCCAUUUUCGAGCGAUUCAUCGAGGCGCUUUUUUUGUGGAAAUGCGUACCACAGAUGUACGUAAAUUGCGCCCCGAAACUUGGGGCUUCAUAUGUCCAGUGCAUACUCCCGAUGGUGCUCCAUGUGGUCUAUUAAAUCAUGUCACGGCAAGCGUACGCAUUGUUACGCAUUAUUCGAAUACCAGUGAACUGCCAAAAUUGCUCGGAGAAUGGGGGAUGGUUGGCCAUUCCGCUAUCAAAUUAUUACCUACAGAGCCUACGUAUCCCGUUUUGGUUGAUGGAAAAUUUAUUGGUCAUAUCUUACAAUCACAAGCGUCACAUAUACAGCGAAAAUUGCGUUUUUUAAAGGUAUCAGAUGAUGUUCGUGUACCUUCUUGCGCUGAAAUAAUUUUAGUGGAAAAAUCUGUUGAUCCGGUUAACAUUUUGGUGCAAUAUCCUGGUCUGUACAUUUUUACUGAACCGGCACGUCUCAUACGACCAGUCAGACAUCUUCCGUCAAAUAGAGUUGAAUUCAUCGGUACAUUCGAGCAAGUGUACUUAUCGAUUUGUAUUGACCCGGAGGAGGCAGAACCUAACGUUACGAUGCAUCAAGAAAUUCAUCCCAGUUGCUUAUUUAGUUUUGCUGCUAACUUAAUACCAUUUCCCGAUCAUAAUCAAUCGCCAAGGAAUGUUUAUCAAUGUCAAAUGGGAAAACAAACGAUGGGAAUACCUAUUCAUGCAUGGAACUAUCGAGCCGACAGUAAAAUGUAUUGUCUUCAGUUUCCUCAAAAUCCUAUCGUAAAACCAGGUCCGUACGAAAAAUACGGUAUUGAUGAGUAUCCGUUGGGAACGAAUGCAUGCGUUGCAGUCAUUUCGUACACAGGUUAUGAUAUGGAGGACGCUAUGGUUAUUAAUAAAAGUUCCUAUGAACGUGGUUUUGCUCAUGGUAGUGUUAUAAAAGUAGAAAGAGUGAACUUAACCGAAGAACGGUCUGCGGGGAGUCUAAUAUUUUUGUGUGAUCCUGAAAAUCCGCAGAAGACGAUAGGUCUUGAUGGUUUACCGAUUCCUGGACGUAUGUAUAUGCAAGGUGAUCCAUAUUAUUCGGUAUAUGAAAUUGAUACAAAUAGUUAUAAAGUCCAUAAAUACAAAUACACGGAGGCGGCAUUCUGUGGCUCAGUAAGAAUUGUCGAAGAAGGCGAGAGUGUUGGUGCUACCAAGGGCAAAUGUCAUGCGUUGAUUCAGUGGCGUAUACAACGUAAUCCGAUAAUUGGUGACAAAUUUUCAUCGAGGCAUGGUCAGAAAGGCAUUAAUUCUUUUUUAUGGCCUAGCGAAUCGAUGCCAUUUUCGGAGUCUGGAAUGGUUCCUGAUAUUAUUUUCAAUCCUCAUGGUUUUCCAUCUCGAAUGACAAUUGGAAUGAUGAUUGAAAGUAUGGCUGGUAAAGCGGGAGCUAUGCAUGGUUCUACAUAUGACUCUUCGCCAUUUGUUUUCAAUGAGAAGAAAACAGCCAUUGAUCAUUUUGGACAACUUCUUGUUCAUGCUGGAUACAAUUAUUAUGGCAAUGAAACAAUGUAUUCUGGUGUCGAUGGUCGGGAAAUGGAGGUCCAAAUUUUCUUCGGAAUUGUGUAUUAUCAGCGUCUCAGGCAUAUGAUUGCUGAUAAAUUCCAAGUACGAUCAACUGGUCCAAUAGAUCCAGUAACGUUACAGCCAGUGAAAGGUCGUAAAAAAGGUGGUGGAAUUCGAUUUGGUGAAAUGGAACGUGAUGCAAUGAUCGCCCAUGGAGCUGCAUUUACUUUACAAGAUCGCCUUUUUAAUUGUUCCGACAGAGACAUCGCAUAUGUUUGUGCGCGCUGUGGUUCAAUGAUAUCAACACUUCGGUGUGCAAAGAUGCUGUCGGAACGUCGAAGCAGUGAAAAUUCAAUUGUAAACCACAGUGAACGUGAAAUGUGUUUAUUAUGUGGCAAGGAUGAUCAGGUUUAUCCAGUUGAAGUUCCUCGGGUAUUUCGCUAUUUGAUUGCUGAACUUGCAGCAAUGAAUGUUCGCCUACAAAUUUCAGUGAAACAUCCAGCGAACUUAUCCUUGUGA